UUCUCUCUCUACACGGUCUCAGCGCCCAAGACUCGCAAGUAUAGGGCUCAGGAAACCAAGAUAAACAGAGAGAAAGAGAGUAGUGGAGAGAGAAGGGAACAGGACCAGGAGAGGGGUUUGGGUUUUGGAGGCAUUGCUGGCUUGCUUGCAGCUAGUCUAGUAACACAAGAGCCAAUAAAAAUUGGGAGGCGAGAAAAACACAAAAAUAGUGCUGCAGCUGCAGCAGCAGCAGCGAGCGAGAGGCGCCUCCUCAUCCCACCUUUUGGUUUUGCCUUGCCACCCGUUCCCCACGAAAAAGUCCAGCAGCAAACUAACCCAACCGACGUAACCGCGGACAUGACAGCCGCGUGACGCCAUGUCGGCCGGGGAGGGCGCGUCAGGGUCAGCGCCGGCAGAGGCGCCAGCGCCGGCAGAGGCGCCGGUGGCGGCGCCUUCGGCAAUGGGAGCGGAGGAGGAGGCGGCGAGGAAGCGGUACGAGUCGCUGGUGCAGGUGCGCGCCAAGGCGGUCAAGGGGAAGGGCGCCUGGUACUGGGCGCACCUGGAGCCCGUGCUCGUUCCGCCGCCCGGGUCCGGGAUGCCGCCCAAGAUGACGCGGCUACGCUGCGCGCUCUGCGCCGCCACGUUUUCGGCGUCCAACCCGUCGCGCACCGCCUCAGAGCACCUCAAGCGCGGCGCGUGCCCCAACUUCGCGGCGCCGCUGGUGGUGACUGCACCUGGAGCGACGCCGCCGCAACAGCACGCGGUGACCGUGGCUGCGGCAUCGUCCGUCGUGCCGAUCUCGUCCUUCCCGCCGUCGACGCAGCGCCGGCAUCCCACCGGCGGUGGCGUUGGGCGCAAGCGCCACGCGCUGGCCGCGGCGUACGCCGCCGUGGAGGCGGCGGCGGCCUCCUCGCAGCACCUGGUCGUGGGCGAGCCCUCCGUGUACUCCUCGACGCCUCCCACGCCGCCAGCGCUGCCCGCGCCGCGGCAGAUGCUCUCGGGGGGCAGGGGCGACCUGGGCGCUCUGGCCCGGCUGGAGGACAGCGUGAAGCGGCUCAAGUCGCCCAUGGCAUCGCCGGGAGCGAUGCUGCCGCGGCAGCAGGCUGAAGCGGCCCUCGCCCUGCUCGCCGACUGGUUUCUUGAGUCUUCCGGUAGCGUGUCCCUCGCCACGGCGGAGCACCCGAAGCUCAAAGCUUUCCUGCUCCAGGUCGGCCUGCCGGAGUUGUCGCGGGCCGAGCUCACCCACGCACGUCUCGACGCGCGCUUCGCUGAAGCCCGCGCCGACGCGGCCGCGCGCGUCCGGGACGCGCGGUUCUUCCAGCUCGCGGCAGACGGGUGGCGCGAACAGGUUGUCACCCUCUCCGUUAACCUCCCCAACGGCACGUCUGUCUUCAACCGCGCCGUGCCCAUGCCAGCUCCAGCGUCGUCCAACUACGCCGAGGAGUUGUUGCUGGACGCCGUCUCGUCCAUCUCCGCCUCCGGGGACCUCCACCAUUGCGCCGGAAUCGUCGCCGACCGUUUCAGUUCGAAGGCACUACGCGAUCUCGAGAGCAAACACCAGUGGAUGGUGAAUCUUUCUUGCCAAGUCUACGGCUUGACACGCUUAGCAAAGGACUUGGCGCGCGAGCUCCCGCUCUUCCACUCCGCCGCCGCUAAUUGCGCCAAGAUUGCCGCGUACUUCAACACCACGCCUGCCGUGCGCGCUCUGCUGUGCAAACAUCAAGUCCAGGAGCAUGGCCACUCCAUGCUCCUCCGCGUCGCCUCUGCUCCGUCAAAUGGCAGCAGCGAAUUCAGCGCAGCAUUUGCGAUGCUCGAAGACGUCCUGACCUCGGCACGGCCGCUCCAGCUCGCUGUGCUGGAGGAACCUUACAAGCUUCUCUGCAUUGACAACUCUGCUGCGAGGGAGAUCGUUGACAUGGUGCAGAGCGUGGCGUUCUGGACCGAGGUGGAGGCGGCGCAUUCACUCGUGAAGCUGAUCAUGGACAUGGUGAAGGAGAUGGAGACCGAGCGGCCGCUCGUGGGGCAAUGCCUCCCAUGUUGGGAGGAUUUGCGUGGCAAGGUUAGAGGCUGGUGCCGCAAAUUCAACAUCGACGAAGGCAUCGCCAUGAACGUGCUCGAGAGGAGGUUCAGGAAGAGCUACCACCCGGCGUGGUCGGCGGCAUUCAUACUGGACCCGUUGUAUCUGAUCAAGGAUGCCAGCGGGAGGUACCUCCCGCCGUUCAAGUACCUGACGCUGGAGCAGGAAAAGGACGUGGACAGGCUGAUCACGAGGCUGGUGUCGCCGGAGGAAGCGCACCUCGCGAUGAUGGAGCUGAUGAAAUGGCGGUCCGAUGGGCUGGACCCGCUGUACGCGCAGGCGGUGCAGGUCCGGCAGCCCGACCCCGCCACGGGGAAGAUGAAAAUCGCCAACAAGCAGAGCAGCCGGCUCGUCUGGGAGACAUGCCUCAGCGAGCUCAAGUCGCUCGGCAAGGUGGCCGUGAGGCUCAUCUUCCUCCACGCCACCGCAAGGGGGUUCAGGUGCACGCCGACAAUGGCGCGCUGGCUGACCGCCCCUGGGAGCUCAGUCGGCAGCAUCGCCCGCGCACAACGGCUAGUGUUUGUGGCGGCCAAUUCGAAGCUGGAGAGGAAGGAUUUCUGCAACGACGACGACAGGGACGUGGAUUUGCUCACGGAAGGAGACGAUGACAUGCUGACUGAUCAGACUGCCGCCGAUGUGGAUCCCUCUUCGGUGUAAUUUAACAUCCCUGUGUUAAUUGUUGUUCCUUGAUGAUUAAUCCCUCUGCUGCUGCUGUUAGCAUCUGUAGAAUUUGAUCCCUAGGUUAGAUUCUUUCUUUCCCUUCUUUGUUCUUGUGCCCUGCAUGUUGCUGGUUCUUGCUCCCUCAUCUUGUUUUGGUUGGGUGGGGAGUAGGAGGGGGCAUGAGAUGGAGAUGGAGAUAUCCACCCUCAAUUUGCUUAUCAAGUGUGGUUAAUAAAUGGGAUGACCCUCUCCUGUCUUGCCGUAUAUGUGGCUCUUGCUGAUGAAUGUGGAAAACCUGAGGGUGAUUUCUUGCCUAUAUUUAGGGUCAGCAAGGCAGCAUGAACAGGGGAGGUUGUGUUUGUGUUGACCAUUACGGCAUUUUGUGUAGCCAUUCUGAUA